AUGCCCCUGGUCCUGAGGCAGUUUUACCACAAUGGGCUCCAGGAUGUUAAUCUGUGCAAUUUCAGCCAUGGCCAGACCAGCUUGGACAGGCUGAAAGACGGUCUCGUGGGUGCCCAGACCCACGAACGGGAUGCUGUGCGCCUCACCCUGGAGCAAAUUGACCUCAUCCGCCUCAUGUGUGCCUCCUAUUCUGAGCUGGAGCUUGUGACCUCAGUUAAAGCUACCCCUGCCUCUGAAAAUGAUCAUCUGACCUACCUGCCCCCAGCUCUCAACAAUACCCGGAAGUUGGCUUGCCUCAUUGGUGUGGAGGGCGGCCACUCACUGGACAGUAGCCUCUCCAUCUUGCGUACCUUCUGUGCGCGGGGUGUGCGCUACGUGACACUCACCCACACCUGGAACACGCCCUGGGCACAGAGCUCAGCAAAGGGUAUCCACCCCUUCUACAGCAAUGUCAGUCGGCUGACCGGCUUGGGCGAGAAGGUGGUGGCAGAAAUGAACCGCCUGGGCAUGAUGGUGGACUUGUCCCACGUCGAUGCUGUGGCACGGCGAGCCCUAGAAGUGUCACAGGCACCUGUCAUCUUCUCCCACUCAGCUGCCCGGGGUGUGUGCAAGAACACUCGGAAUGUUCCUGAUGAUAUCCUGCAGCUUCUGGGCCAAGACACCACCCAGACCAGGGCUGCGGCUCCUCCAUUCACACAAACCCAGAGAGGAGACGACUCUGACCUCAACACCUUCCUCACAGGGGCCGAGAGCGUGAACAGGCAGGUGGCUGUGCUGGGGGCCAAGCUGACUGUCCACCGGUCCGCCCCUGCAGAAGAAGAACGGUGGCAUCGUGAUGGUGCCCUUGUCCGUGCGGGUGCUGCAGUGCAACCCGUUAGCCAACGUGCCUACUGUGGCAGGCUGCAAAAAGGGGAAUCAACAGAGGCCAGUCAUCACCCCCACCCCUGCCCUGGAAGCCCCACACUGCUGACUUCCCAUUCUUCAGAUCACUUCGACCACAUCAGGGCAGUCACUGGAUGCAAGUUCAUCGGGAUUGGCGGAGAUUAUGACGGGGCUGACCGGUGAGUGCUUCCCCGUGGCUUGUCUCGGGCUGGCUGGGCAGCAGUGGGGCUUUCACAGCCACCGUGCCCACCACACUGUGGUCCUCAUGGCCUUGACCAUAGCCUCAGGUGUGCUGGCCCAACUGCUAUCUCCCCUCUCCCAGGGU